AUGCGCGUGAGCCUCUUCGGCGCCACCGGCAGCACCGGCGUGGAGCUGCUGCGGCGCCUCACGGCCACGGCCACGGUGCGGUGCCUGGUGCGGAGCCCUGAGAAGCUGCCCGAGGAUUUGCGGCAGCAUCCUGCUGUGGAGUUGAUUGCAGGCUCUUCUACAGAUGCUGCCGCUGUGCAAGAAGCCUGUGCGGAUGCAGAAGCUGUGAUUGUGAGCUUAGGAGGGCCACCUCGAGGCCCAGGAGUCGAUGUUUGCAGCACUUCCCAGCGCCUCAUCAAUGAGGCACUGAACAGCAGCGACGGACGCGCGGCGCGGGUGGUGUGCAUCAGCUCUAUCGGUGUGGGUGACCACUAUCAGCACUGCAGCCUUUUCGCCAAGUUUUUUGCCUCAUGGAUCAUUCCAGAGGCCCUCGCAGAUAAGCAUUUGCAGGAAGAGAUGGUCCGAAGCCUUAAGAAUUGGGUGGUGGUGAGGCCGGGAGGUUUGCUGGAUUCUCCAGGCUUGCGCGCAUGGCAUGCAGCUGAAGAUGCUUGUGGCUUCUAUCCUACCAUCCCCCGUGCGGACGUGGCGGCUUUUGUGGUGCAGGAAUGUUUGCCCCCAGAGGAGCGUUGGCUACGCAGGAAUGUUGCGCUGGUCAGCCGCAAGCCGCAAGGCACGCAGAAGCACCAUUCAGGAAGCUCGAUUGAAUUGAAAGACGGACAGAGCAUUACAGAGCCCAUCUCAUCUUGGUCUCAUCUGAUCUCCAAGCGUCGCCGGAGCCGCUUGCACGGCCGAUGUUUCCGAGAGGAGGAGAUCGUACCUAGAGCUUGCAGGCGGACCCUUGAGCGUUGGAAGCUCGCAGCCAUCGGGCAGGUGCAUGGCCGCCUUGUGGGCAGCGCCCGAAAGGGGCGAAUCUUCCACGCCUGGCGCCAAGGAGUCAGGCGGAGCUGCAGCAUCCGCCUGAUGGCGCGUCAGUGCGGACUUCGCCAGUGUGGGAUAGUCCUGGCUGCUUGGAGCCGGGCGGCGGCAUAUUGUUCUAAGUGUCGAAGGAUACUUUCGCUUCAACGAUGCCAAUUGAUGGUCAAGACUUGCGGCAAGGCGCUUGCUGCGUGGCGCCUCCGCUCCAGCGCUUUGCAGGCGCUGCGUCGCGCGGCCGCGCGGAGGAACCACGCACAGGAGGAGGGAGCGCUGGGCGCGUGGCGGCAGCUGUGCUCAGAGCGGCUGUGGCGAAGGACACGCCUGGAGAUGCGCGCGGAGCACGCGACGAUGUACCGGACCUUCUGCGAUUGGGCCUGGCAGGUGGCAGCGGAGCUUUCGCUCAGGCUUCGGCUUGCAGACAGAACGAGGCGGUGUCAGCUUCGAUCUUUGAUGGAGUGGAAAGGACAGAUGGUGCUGCUACAGUCGAGGCGUCUUCAAGCUGCUGAAGCAAUCAUGAGCAGAAAUGCUGAGAAGAAACGCUUGGCAUGGCAGUAUUGGAAGAGGCUCCAAUUCGAGAGAAGACACGUCCGGAGAAGGCGGUCGGACGAAUGGCCUCGGUUGUUGCGAUGGUCGUUUCGUUCGUGGCAUCACGGCCUCCUGGUCUCGACCUUCCUGCUGCGACGCGACGAACUGAGCAGCGCCGGCCGGUGUCGGUUGAGGCGAGCCUGGACGGCAUGGACUUCCUGCCGCUACCAGGUGGUUCACAGAACUCAGAGCGCAGAGAAACACUUGUGCGAAGAUGCUUUUGAUGCCUGGCGAUUUGGCGCCUCACCAGAGAUGUGCGAAGCAUCAAUGGAUUUGCUGGAGAUCUCUGCAAGCACUGAAGAGGUGAGCAAGGAUACCCAGGCCCCAGAUGAUGUGAAUCGCACCCUCUCGGAUUUCAGUGGCCUCUCAUUGGGAGCCUCCCCGAUCGCGAUCUUCGACUCCCCCGAGAUCACAAAGACCGAUGCAGAGAUCUCACUGCAAGCUCACAAGCUUAAAGAACUUCGAAAAGUUGUGAAGACAUUUGAGGAGGUGAGCUUCAGCAAGAGACCUGAAGGACUUGGUCACAGACUACAGUCACCUUCUGCUUUUCCAAGUUCGUCUCAGCACGAAACUCCACAAAUCAGCACUGCGUUCAUGCCACCGAAGGAAGGUUUGAAUGACGCUGGAAGUCUGGAUUUGAAUGACACUGGCGCCAUGCUCCAAGCUUCGGCAAGCGAAGUCUUCUAUGCGUGGCUUGGAGCUUGCCUUCAGAGAAGGCAUCGGACCUUGGCAGUUGAAGAAGCCCUGUCGGUCAAGCGCACCCUGCGGCACCUCCGGUCCUGGCAGCAGCUGCGGCAAGUGUUCAUGGAUCACCGACGCUGCAACAGAAGCUGGAUUUUCUGUUGA